CCCGUGUUUAUAAGGCGUAAUAUUCAACUGGAGGUAAAAGAGUUUAUAUUAAACAAUUAUUUGUUAUUAAUAAUAUUAUUUGUUGCUAACAACAAUAUUUUUUACAGAUACCUUACUUUUUUAUCGUUCCGGCUGCUGUAUUAUGCGAUUCUUGUGUGUUGGUUGGUAUAUCGGAAGCUUUAGUGCAAGAUGUUCGAAGAAAAACUUAUAGCAGAGAUUGAAAAACACAACUGCUUGUGGGACAAACGACAGCUUAGUUACCGCGAUCGGGUGAAGAAAGAUUUGGCUUGGCGAAAUGUAGCUGCUGCUGUGGGACAUCCUGAGGAAAACUGCCGAAAGCGAUGGAAAUCGUUAAGAGACCGAUAUGGAAUAGAAUUGAAGGUUGAUCAACAACCUAGCGGAAGUGCUGCGUCGUUUUUGAAAGACACGGUCACGCCCAGACAGACAACAACAAACAUCGUCUCCCAAACGCCAGAAGUUCUCGGACAAGAACCAGAUAUACUGGAUACUUCCUUUGGAUUCCAAAUAGGCGAGAGUGGGAACAUUAUAAUAGAAGAUCAAGAAACCACUGCCCCAACGCCGGCUAAGAGACAAAAGAAAAAAAACGAUGAGAACGCCGCCUUUAACGAUCUAGUCAACGAAAUGUGUCUUCAGAGCAUCCCUUAAAUCAUAAUUAUUUGAACUGCCUCGGUUCGAUGACACCCUACUUAUUGAGGGCAAUGGAACUACUUCGUUUCGCCAUGAGCCAGCGAUGGUGGCAUCCUCUUCGUAGCGAUCAACAAAAUCGCUUGCUACAUAGUUUGCACACGAAAGCUUAAUAAAAUUAUGCAAGACAAUACAAGCUUUCACUAUUUGUUCUGCAUUUUUCGGGGCCAUGCAUAGCGUCGUUCUCAAUAUUCUCCAUUUGGCAGUGAGUAUUCCAAAUGCGUUUUCUAUAACUCUUCUUGCACGAGAGAGUCUUUUAUUGAAAUACUCUUGCUCUUCUGGAAUACCUCUACCCGGAUAUGGUCGCAUUAAAUAACGCCGUAAGGGAAAAGCAGCAUCUCCUACUAAAUAAUGUGGAAAUGGCUCGGUUUCUCCUGGCAGAGGCUGAUCAUGUGGAAGGCCGAGCCUAUCAUUUUCAAUAGCAUCUGCCAGUUUUGAAAAGUGGUAGACACCGCCAUCGCUUUGACUUCCAUAUGCUCCGAUGUCAACGCAGGUAAAGGUAUAAUUGGCAUCACAUACGGCCAAAAGCACGAUACUAUAAUUGCCUUUGUAAUUAUAGUACAUCGACCCUGAAUUCGCUGGACAGGUAAUAUUAAUGUGCUUUCCGUCGAUGGAACCAACGCAGUUGGGCAUAUUCCACAGCGACUUGAACUCAUUGGAAAUACGUCCCCAUUCCGUUUCUGACGGGGUCGCCACAUACAGGUCAGCUAACAGAUCCCAUAUGGUCAUACAUGUCUCCAACGUAAUCUUCCUGAAAGUCGUCAGGCCGAUCCUGUGAACUAUUGUGUGGAAUUGCCGAGUGCCACCGUGAGCCAAAUAUCUGCAACAAAAAAA